AUGGCUUGUGGUGUUGUCAUCAGCAACCUGAAUCUCAAACCUGGGGAGUGCCUCAGAGUGUUGGGCAAGGUGGCCCUGGAUGCCAAGAGCUUUGUGCUGAACCUGGGCAAAGAUGGCAACAACCUGUGCCUGCACUUCAACCCCUGCUUCAAUGAGCACGGGGACACCAACACCAUCGUGUGUAACAGCAAGGAUGGCGGGGCCUGGGGGGCUGAGCAGCAGGAGUCUGUCUUCCUCUUUCAGCCUGGAAGUGUUGUGGAGGUAUGCAUCUGCUUCGACCAGGCAGAGCUAACCAUCCAGCUGCCUGGUGGAUACAAAUUCAAAUUCCCCAACUGCCUCAACCUGGAGGCCAUCAACUACCUGGCAGCCAAUGGCAACUUCAAGAUCAAGUGCAUGGCCUUUGAGUGA